CUCUCUGACUGGAACCCUUUGACCAGUUGUGUGUCAUAGGGAUCAGUGCUGGAUCUGAUGUUGUUUGUCAUCUAUAUCAGUAAUCUGGAUUACUGUGGUUAACUGCAUCAGUAAAUUUGUUGAUGACAACAAGAUUGGGGUGUAGUGGACAGCAAGGAAGAUGAUCAUGGCUUAUAGUGCGACCUGGACCAGCUGGAAAAAUGGUUUGCGAAAUGGAAAAUGAAAUUCAAUGCAGACAAGAGUGAGGUGUUGUAUUUGACUGGUUGGGCACUGAGGAGUGUUGUAGAAGAAAGGGACCUGGGAAUACAAGUCCGUAAUUCACUGAAAGUGGUGCCACAGUUAGAUAGAGAUGGAAAGAAAGAUUUCGGCCCAUCGGCCUUCAUGAACCAAAGCACUAUCAACAGUAGGUAGAUGUUAUGUUGACUUGUAGAAGGUAUUGGUGAGGCCUAAUUUGGAAUAUUUUGUGCAGUGUUGGUCACCUACCUACAUGAAAGUUGUAAAAGAGGUUCUGAGAGUUCAGAGAAAAUUCACAAGGAUGUUGCCAGGUCUGGGCGACUUUGGUAACAAGGAAAGAUUGAACAGGAUAGGAUUUUAUUCCUUGGAAUGUAGAAGAUUGAGGGGAGAUUUGAUUGUGAUAGAGGGGCAUAGAUAGACUAAAUGCAAGCUGGCUUUUACCACGGAGAUGGUGUGCGACUACAACCAGAAGCCAUGGGUUAAGGGUGAAAGGUGAAAUGUUAAGGGGAAAUGUGAGGGGAAACUUCUUCACACAGAUGGUUAUCUGGGUGUGGAAUGAGCAGCCAACACAAGUGGAGAAUUCGAGCUGAAUUUAAGGAGGUUUGUGUAGGUACCUGAAUGGUAGGGUUGUGGGAGUGGGCAGUUUAAAUAGUUUAGCACAAACUAGAUUGUCCAAAGGGCCUGUUUCUGUGUUGGUACUUUUCUGCAAGGGCCUGAAAUAAUUCAAAGAUUCACUCUGUGUCCAUUGAACAGCUGUGUGGACCAACUAUUCUUCUCAGCAGGAAAUUUUUAUAAGGCAUUAAAACUGUGGCACUUUAAGUUAAUAAUACAUAUGGGAAAAUUCCAGCUGCCCAUUAAGAAAGACUAUUUGUGUGAGAAUGUUUCAGUUACUGUGUGGCCAGGCACCCAUGCAGCUCAGCAGGAACAGGGAAUAAUACCAAUGGAGAGAGCCAAACUGAGCCAGGUCACAGAUUUGAGAUGGCAGAAAUGCCCCAUUCCUAUAGAAACAAGAAGAGCAUCAGGGAAUUGAUGGUUAUUCCAGAUACCAGCACUGUGCCCAGUUAGAAGUUGAUUUCUCUGUCCAACUUGGGUGGAACCUCACUAUAACAGUGUGAUGCUGGAUCAAACCUUGGCAACUCAAGUAAUCUCAUCUGAAGUGUUGUCCUACUCCCGUUGAUGCAUUUUGUAAAUCUUUUUACAGGUUAAAAAUGAGAAGGAAUUUGUCUCCCAGAAGCUCAAACAUGGCACACCAGUUUUGCUGUCUCUGUCUAGAUAUUUAAGAGGUGAAGCAAGGGAUUCAAUCAACCUUCCUAUCUGAUCAGACUACGGGGCAGGAUUCACUCAGUCAUUUGACCAACUGGCACCUCCAUUAUUUUACACAGGGGAGAGCCCAUUCUUCUGCUCAGGCUGUGGGAAUGGAUUCAGUCAGUCAUCUCAACUGAAGGUACAUCAGUAAGUUCACAUUGGGCAAGGUCAUUCACCUGUUCUGUGUGUAAAAAAAAUAUUUAGUCUGUCAUCCCACCUGUGGACCCACCAGUCAGAAGCUGGUCAUCUGCUAAAUUUCUGGGGAAGGAUUCACUCGGUCAUCUGACCUAAUGGCUCACCAGUCAGUUCACACAAGGGAGAAGCCAUUCACCUGCUCAGACUGCGGUAAGGGAUUUACUCGGUCAUCUGACCUAAAGGUACAUCAGCGAGUUCACACUGGGGAGAAGCCAUUCACCUGCUCAGUCUGUGGGAAGGGAUUCACUCGGUCAUCCUACCUGCAGAAUCAUAAGCAAGUUGACACUGGGGAGAAGCCAUUCAUCUGCCUAGAAUGCGGGAAGAAAUUCACUUCGUCAUCCAGCCUGCGGAGUCAUCAGCGAGUUCACACUGGGGAGAAGCCAUUCAUCUGCUUAGAAUGUGGGAAGAAAUUCAUUUCGUCAUCCAGCCUGCUGAGUCAUCAGCGAGUUCACACUGGAGAGAAACCGUUCACCUGCUCAGAAUGUGGGAAGGGAUUCACUCAUUCAUCCAGCCUACAGAGACACCAGCAAUCUCACACUGGAGAGAAGUUGUUCACCUGCUCAGUCUGUGGGAAGGAAUUCACUCAGUUAUCCAACCUGCAGAGUCAUCAGCGAGUUCACACUGGAGAGAAGCCAUUCACCUGCUCAGAAUGCGGGAAGGGAUUCACUUUCUCAUCGACACUUAAGGUACACCAGCGAGUUCACACCAGGGAGAAACCGUUCACCUGCUCAGACUGUGGGAAGAGAUUCACUUUCUCAUCUAACCUGAAGGUACAUCAGGUGGUUCACACUGGGGAGUGGCCGUUCACCUGUUCAGUCUGUGGGAAGGGAUUCAUUAACUCAACUGAACUGAUAGUUCAUCAGCGAGUUCACACUGGAGAGAGGCCAUUCACCUGCUCAGACUGUGGGAAGGGAUUCAUUAAGUCAGCUGAACUGAAGGUUCAUCAGCGAGUUCACACUGGGGAGAGGCCGUUUACCUGCUCAGACUGUGGGAAGGGAUUCACUUCCUCAUCUAACCUGAUGACACACCAGCGAGUUCACACCGGGGAGCGGCCGUUCACUUGCUCGAACUGUGGGAUGAGAUUCGCACGGUUAUUCACCCUACAGUGUCACCAGCGAGUUCACACUGGGGAGAAGCCAUUCACCUGCUCAGACUGUGGGAAGAGAUUCACUCAGUCAUCUGACCUAAAGGCUCACCAGCGAUUUCACACCAAGGAGUGUCCAUUCACCUGCUCGGACUGUGGGAAGGGAUUCACUUUGGAAUCGACUCUAGUGAAACACCAGCGAGUUCACACUGGGAAGAAGCCGUUCACUUGCUCAGUCUGUGGGAAGGGAUUCGCUCAGUCAAGUAACCUGCGGAGUCAUCAGCAACUUCACACUGGGGAGAAGCCGUUCACUUGCUCAGAAUGUGGUAAGGGAUUCACUAUGUCAUCUCACCUACUGAUACACCAGCGAGUUCACACUGGGGAGAAGCCGUUCACCUGCUCAGAAUGUGGGAAGGGAUUCACUUGCUCAUCCCAACUGAAGGUACAUCAGCGAGUUCACACUGGAGAGAAGCCAUUCACCUGCUCAGAAUGUGGGAAGGGAUUCAGUCGGUCAUCCAGCCUACAGAGUCAUCAGCGAGUUCACACUGGGGAGAAGCCAUUCACCUGCUCAGAAUGUGGGAAGAGAUUCACUCGGUCAUCCCACCUACUGAAACAUCAGCGAGUUCACACUAGGGAGAAGCCGUUCACCUGCUCAGACUGUGGGCAGGGAUUCACACUGUCAUCCCACCUACUGAGACAUCAGCGAGUUCACACUGGGGAGAAGUCGUUCACCUGCUUAGACUGCGGGAAGGGUUUCACUCGGAUAUCCAACCUGCAGAGUCAUCAGCGAGUUCACACUGGGGUGAAGCCAUUCACCUGCUCAGAAUGCGGGAAGGCAUUCACUCGGUCAUCGCACCUACUGAGACAUCAGCGAGUUCACACUAGGGAGAAGCCAUUCAUCUGCUCAGAAUGAGGGAAGAGAUUCACUGAUUCAUCCACCCUACAGAGACACCAGAAAGUUCACACUGGGAAGAAGCCAUUCACCUGCUCAGUCUGUGGGAAGGGAUUCACUCAGUCCUCCACCCUACAGAAACACCAGUCAGUUCACACAUUCUGAGCUAUUCACCUGCUCAGAAUGUUGGAAAGGAUUCAUUCAGUCAUCCCAACUACUGGCACACCAGUCAGUUCUCAUUGUUAUUAAUCCCUUGCUUUUGCUUGCUGAGGACAUUCAUUUUAAGAGAGAGAGUGAUUAAGAAGGCAAAUCAGUCUGGCUUGCAGCUUGUUUACAUCACUCACAGCUUGUUUAGUUUUAACCGAGGAAUCAGACACUCAGAGUCAGACGGAGUUAAAGGAGGAAAAAUGGAAGUAUCGAAACCAGGGAACUAGUGGCCAAGAGUCACUGUUUAGAGCUUUCCUAUGCCCACAAGUGUGGGUUAAGUAUUGAUUCACCAUGCAUCGAAUGUGUGGUUGUCACCUUGUUUGAUCCAUAGGUGUGGAUCAGAUUUAAGGUAUCCUGUGAAGACUACUUUUGUGUUAACGCUUGGCGGGGUGUGGUGUGAUAAUACACUUGAAGAUGAUACCCCUUGUGACAAGUCACUUUCGGUGAUAAUUCGUAUGUGGAUUUGGAACGAUGAAGCAUAAAAUCUACAGCAACUGUUCUCUCAUUUUACUACAAUGGAACCUUUGGAAUUCGACGUAAUUGCCUUCUCUCGACAUUUACCCUGGAUUACAAAUAUCUCUCUCUCGUUACCUAUUCCGUGGAUGAACUGAACUUCCAUACUUUACCAUCUCAAGACUCUCAAGCCUUGUUUCCCCCAAGCUCAAUAGUUUGGGAGUUAUAUUUUGUUACGCCCCAACCUCUGAGGGGCCGAAGGGUACAACGUAGCCCCCUCCUUUUUGAGAAUCGCAAGAUCGCUAUGAAUUCAGGUCAGGAGACCCAGGAAAUGAGAGAAAGACACGCAGAAUCCACAUGGGGUUUUUAAUGUCCCAGCCCCUCAGCGAUACAAAGCCACGGGAAAUGGUCAUUGUCACUUGGAGAUGGAAUAGUGUAUUGAGUUCCGUACUAUUUAGUUGAAGCCCUCAGGGAAAGAGCUGAGGGGGCUGGCUGAGAGAUUGCAUCAUUCCAACCUGAUUGACAUCUGAGAACCUGUGAGUAACGAUAAAAGAGGGUCUGGGGAACAACCCCUUUAGACGCACCAGGGAAACGAUAGAAAUCCCGUCUGUCCAUCCUUGCCCGGAUGACGAGUUUUCCACGGAACGGCUUAGCUAAAGGACCGACUACAAAAACAGAACUCUCGAAGGAUUGACAUCAUAAAAAGGAAAGCCGGCAAGUUUAAAACAUCUCUCUCUCUUGACUCCAACAAAAGGCUGCAGCCUGCACAAACUUGAGUGACUUUUAUAUUUCCAUCGGACAAUACAUUAUCUCCUAGACAACGAUAGAAUUUUUUCUUAUUGAUUAUUAUUAUACCCGCGCUUUUAGAAUUAGUAUUGACGACGUAUAUUAUCUGUAUGUUUGCAUUGAAAUUAUUUUUGUGUAUAUUUUUCAAUAAAUACUGUUAAAAAUGGUACCAUCAGACUUCAACGGACCUCUCUAUCUUUGCUGGUAAGUAACCCAGUUAUGGGGUACGUAACAACUUGGGGUUCUCGUCUUGAGAUUUGACAUCAAAUUGGGAGGCCAGUGAAUCGGGAAAAGGAGUCCAAACUUGCAUCUGGUACACGGGUAGCCAGACGGGAAACCAGCAAAGAUGGAUGUGGAUGAAUUUAUAGAAAACCCGACUCUGGAACCGCUAGAGGCGGCCACCAAAUUGGACUUGAUAAAUAUGGCGAAGGGGCUAAAUCUCGCAGAGGUGAGGUUGUCAAUGAAAAAGCCAGAGGUGCGAAUGGCCAUAACUCAGUAUUGUAUUGUGAAGACUGUGUUUACAGUUGAGGUAUUGGAAAAUAUCCCUGAAAAGGUACCAGCUAGUGGGACGGCUCAAUUAUAGUUUGAGAAAUUAAGGUUGGAAUAUGAAAUUAAAUUAAAGCAGCUGGAAGCAGCUGAGAAGGAGAAAGGCAGAGCUGAGAAGGAGAAAGAAAGAGCCGACAAACAAAGGGAGCAUGCGCUCCAGCUAAAGGAGUUAGAGGUGAAACGGGAGCAUGAGCUCCAGCUAAAGGGGUUAGAGGUGAAAAAAGAGCAGGACAGAGCUGAGAAGCAAAGAGAGCAUGAAAUUCAGUUAAAACAGCUGGAGGCAGCUAAAAAGGAAAAGGAGAGAGCCGAGAAGGAGAGAGAGAAUGAGGAGGCAGAGAAAGAGGCAAAAUGACUUGGAUAUGGAAAAGUUAAGGCAAGAGCGAAGAGCUCAAGGGUCAGACCGAGAGGAGCGGUUUAAUGUUAGU